GUAGCUGCGUGGACAAAAAGCAGACGCAGAUAAGACUGCCGCUCUCCCGCUGUUCCUAAAUGGCCAUGUCAUCGCGGCAGAGUCGACCCGUUCCAUAGCCAUCCUCCGGUGCUCAACCUGCUGGCAGCAAGCAGGGAAGCAGAAAACCGCAGCGGACUAUGAUCCUCUGAGUCUAGUCACUGCUUGUCAUGCACAGUCUCUUGCUCUCAGGCUGUUUCGAUUAGCCUGCAUAGCCCCUCUGGCGAGUCGCAAAGUCACUCUUUCAUAUCCUGCGGCGUACUACGAUGAAGGCACCUCGAGUCUGUCCUUCUCCUGACUGCCCGUUCAGUCUUCAUCUCACACGGACUUUAUUUUGCACUGCCUCUUCUCCUUUCGCUCCUUUCUCUCGCCAUGCUUCGUUACCCGGCGAGAAGUUGCGGCUGUAUCGACAUGCUUCCAGCGGUGCGUUUACGUACCAAGUUAGGGCUGCUCGAAUGCUUUGCUUCGUCCUAAUAAUGUUUAUUCUUAUUUCGCAUUCGCCCGCUUCUGCUUUGGGUCCUUCUGCCGGAGCACUUUCCCAGCGAGACAUUCCAGACAGCAUCACAGACGACACGAUAGUCUACGAUGAUGGUGAUGAAGUGGACGAGACAACCUGGCCAUCGCUGGCUGCAAGAUCGACAACCGCGUCGAACGACUCCUUUACGAUGCCGGUUCCCUUCGAUACUAACAUGCAAAGCAAUUCCUUGACCAGUAACUGCCAUCAGUUCUUCUCCGACUUUCUCUCCAACCCCGAUUUCACGAACUGCCACGCCAUCUCCAUGCUCCUGGAGAAUUCCAAUUCAUUCUUCCACUCCCUGACCUCGGCAGCAAAGAUCUCAGCGAUACUGGAUACGUCGUGCGCAGCGUCACUUAGUCGAUGUUCGACGAUCAUGACCCACCUCGCUAUAAAGCUGCUUAAAGACGACACGUGCGGUCCGGAUUACCAGAAUAACAACCCGCUCGUGAUGACCGCGUACACGGACAUGAUUACGUACCAGCCGAUCUACAAUACGUCGUGCCUCAUGAACCAGGAGACAGGGAACUACUGCUUCGUCGAUGCAGCGAUGAAUGCGUCCAACCCGGACGAUUACAGCGCCUACUUCCUCCCACUGGGAACAUAUUACACCAACACGAGCAGUCCAAGCUGCAACCAAUGUCUCCAGGCCACGAUGGCCGUCUUCGCGCAAUGGGCUGAGGUGAAGCAGCAACCGCUCGUCAACACCUAUCUUCCCUCGGCAUAUAGAUUGAACCAGGUCUGCGGUGCUAAUUUCGCCGAUGCAAAUGUCACCGUCGGCGUUAAGAAUGCUGUGACGUCCAUGUCUGGUCGGAGUCGACCGUGUUUGUCUCUUCUGAGGUAUGCGCUGGUGCUGGCUUUGGCUGUUUGGGGAUUGGAGAUAUUCUGAUGGGAUGAAUUAAUGGCUCUAUACAACCUGUCUAUAUAUUUAUUGUUUAUUCCAUUUACACAUUCCCGGUAGAAUAUAUUACUCCUUUAUAGACAAAGGUAGCAUUAGGUUCAGGCCAUGUGGCAUCAGGGAAAUUAUCACUGUAGCAGACCCACUGCAAGCAAUUAUUCCUAUACUCAACGGUCAGCUGAAAUGGCAAUAAUAAUACCUUGACUUGACAGAUUUAG